AUGCUCGAGUUUCGUACGGAGGGAUUCAAUGGAUAUGCCGUGAAAUAUUCUCCCUUUUUUGACUCCCGCCUUGCAGUUGCUGCGUCUGCAAAUUUUGGCCUCGUUGGAAAUGGCAGACUCUACGUUCUCGACCUUACACCCAAUGGCAUUGUUCCUUUGAAAUGGUUCACAACGCAAGAUUCUCUUUACGAUAUCGCAUGGUCCGAGAUCCAUGAAAAUCAAGCCCUCGUGGGUUCCGGCGACGGAAGCAUUAAGCUCUUCGACACCACAGUAGACGAAUUUCCUGUCCAGGGAUGGAAAGAGCAUUCUCGGGAGGUUUUCUCGGUGCAUUGGAAUUUAGUAGCCAAAGACCGGUUUUGCUCCAGUAGUUGGGAUGGGACGGUCAAAAUUUGGUCUCCGGCGAGACCACAGUCUCUCUUAACUCUCCCCACGCACAGCUGCACCUAUUCCGUCGCCUUUUCACCACACUCUCCAGAUAUCCUGUCCUGCGCUUCAUCAGACUCGUACGUUCGCGUUUUUGAUUUACGCACUCCGGCCGCCGCAAACAACCAUCUUACUGUACAGAUUCCAAUUCACGGGAGAGCAUCAGCGCCGACGAAACCAGGAUUUCCACCUGCCCCUGCUUCAUGUCCCCCGUCGGAGGCCUUAACACUUGACUGGAACAAGUACCGACCCUCAAUACUGGCCACAGCUGGGGUGGACCGCAUGAUCCGUACUUUUGACAUCCGUUCUCCACAACAGGGUCCGCUUUCUGCCAUGAUUGGACACGACUAUGCCAUCCGAAAGAUUUCAUGGUCACCCCAUCUUUCGCACAUUCUCCUCAGUGCCAGCUACGACAUGACUUGUCGCAUUUGGAGCGAUGGGUCUGAUACCGGGCUGGCAGGUGGUGAUGUGGACUUCAUGCGGAGCGGACUGAAUACUGGGCCCUUAAUGGGCAGAGAGCUAGGACGCAUGGGACGCCAUACAGAGUUUGCUACUGGAGUGGAUUGGUGUCUUUUCGGCAGCGAAGGAUGGUGUGCAAGCUGUGGUUGGGAUGAAAAAGUCUUUGUUUGGGAUGUAAGAGCAUUCAUGUCAUGA